AUGUGUCUUAACGACUUUUGUUUGAUGAUAGAUUCUGGUUGUGACGAUGUUAUUCACGUCGAAACAACUGAUGGCUCAACAGCAACGAAUCGGGGUCGUAUGGAGCUCGACUUCUCAAACCGGCUGAAGGCUGCAGCAACAGUCGCAUUUGGGCACAAGAAAUAUGCCAUCUGUCAAGGCAACCCGAGGUCGAGGAUUCCAGUUCAACGUCGUAGUGGUUCGAGUCUGUUUCCCAGCUCCAUAGCAUCGCAUGGCAACAGGUUGUGCUCAUGGUCUGAGAGCGACCAGCGGGACCCGUUCACGCGUGGACCAAUCACAAGCGGAGGGACUCGAACCCGAGGCGAGCGGGUCUCGAAAACGACCUUGCCCGGAGCACCGUUGCAGCAUGAAGAGGCCGAGCGAGAGGUGAUUGCACAAGCGGGUCAAGAUGCGGUGAGUUCACUCGUCCGAGCCGGAGAGCUCAGCAUGUGA